AUGAGCGUGACGCUGUCUCCGGGCGCGCUUCGGCCCGAGGACCUCCAGCUACUACUGCUCGACGACUCGGCGAUCCCACCACGGUCGUCGUCGUCGCCGCCCAUCAAGAUCGACCCGGCGUUUCUCGAACCAUUGGCGUUCGCACCGAACGACUGCCUCGUGCCGCACUUUCAUCCACUCGACGGCUCGUUUCUGCAGUCGGCAUUUGAUGACUUGGAUACGCAGCUUUUGACACCUCGGUCCAUCAAAGAAGAAGUCUUUGACCCGAGUGUGCUCUCGCCGCACACAAAAGUGCCUGCGCCAACGUAUCUCCAGCGCUGUGUCUCGUCUGCGUCGAUGACAUCGUCGUCCUCAACCAAGCCCCACGCACUCUGCCAAGUGCCCAACUGCGGUCGUCGCGUGCGCUCCAAAGGCUACUGCAAAGCCCAUGGAGGUGGUCGCAAGUGCUCGGUGCCGGGCUGUGGCAAGUCGUCGCAGAACGGUGAAUUUUGUAUCGGCCACGGCGGCGGCAAGCAGUGCAAGGAGCCCGGGUGUGCCAAAGCCGCACAGUCCCACGGGCUCUGCAAGGCCCACGGCGGCGGCGCGCGAUGCAAGCACCUCAACUGCAUGAAAAGCAGCCAAGGCGGCGGCUUCUGCCGCGCGCACGGCGGGGGUAAACGCUGCCAGGCCGAGAACUGCACCAAGGGCGCUCAGCGAGGCAACUUUUGCGCGACCCACGGCGGCUUUCGGAGCUGCCAAGAGCCCAACUGCGUGCGCACCGACCGCGGCGGCGGCUACUGCGAAGUGCAUCGGCAAGACAAGUUGUGUACGGCCAAAGGCUGCAAGAAGCUCUCGAAGAACCACGGGCUCUGCACCGUGCACCUCCGAAAAGUCGAGAAAGCUGCCGAGAAGAACGCACUGGCAGCCUUUGCGUUUAGCCAUUCGGGCGCGAUCGACAUGCUAUCGUCGAUACCAUACUACGGCCACCUCUAA